AUUGCAUUGGUAGCCUACAGCUGAGAUAUUUGUGCCUGGCUUUCCCUAUUCUAUCAAUACAAUUAUUGAAUUACUUUUAACUUUUGGAUACACUUUUGACAACUGAGAGGAGAUAUUCACAUGUAUGUUUCACUUUUGUAUUUCCUAUGCAUCGGGAACUUCAUUGCGCAAAUUAACCAUCCCGAAUUGCCGCUCACAGAUGCGUUUUGCUACAUGGGAGCGCAGUGGUGAAACUUCAUUGACAAGCAAGGGGACAGAACACUGCAGAUUCAAUUACAACAUCAAGAUAUUCUAACACGGGACAAAAUAAGAGUCUAACUUCAGGGAACUCAAACUGUGGAAAUAUCCUUAAUCAUCGCUGGAAAUAUGAAUAAUUAGUGCAUUUUUGGAAUACAAUGCUUUAGUGUUGGCCAAACUCGAAUAAAGUUGAUGCAUCUUCGUCAUGGACUUUUUCUAAUAAAGGUGGACUGGGAUUUUGACCAUGGCGUUUACAGGUAGGGGCUUAGGCCGGUUCCAUUUGAUUUUAUUAAUGCUAUGGACUUUGUCGCAAUAUUCUUCAUCCAGUCAAAUCCGUCAAGAGUUUCGGGUAUUGGAGGAGCAACCGAUUGGUACCUACGUGGGAACGAUAGAGACGAAGCCCAGCUUCGCCUAUCGCUUCAGUGAAAACCACAAACUUUUUGCAAUUAACGGCACCACUGGAGUCAUUUACACCUCCUCUGUGAUUGACAGGGAAACUUUGCAAAGUAAUGUCAUCAAUGUGGUGGUCCUCUCCAGCCAACCUACUUAUCCUACCGAAGUUAGGAUUGUUGUACUGGAUAUAAAUGAUAAUUCGCCAGUGUUUCCCGACUCAUCAAUUGUAGUUUCGUUCAAAGAGGACGCCAGCAGUGGCAGACAAGUGAUUCUGGACACGGCUACAGAUUCAGACAUUGGGAGUAAUGGAGUGGAUCACACCACCUACAGAAUAGUGAAUGGCAACGAGCAAAGGAAAUUCCGUUUGGAUAUUACAGUCAAUCCUAGUGGAGAGGGGGCAUUCUGUCACCUCGUUUCAACUGGAGGCUUGGACAGGGAAGUAACUCCCUUCUUCCAACUCUUGAUUGAAGUAGAGGACAAAGGAGACCCUAAGAAGUUUGGGUACAUGCAAGUAAAUGUAACUAUCCAAGAUAUCAAUGACAACCCCCCUAUGUUUGAUCAUGAUCAAUAUCAAACGAGUGUUUUUGAAGACACAGCAGUUGGUUCUAGUGUUCUGCAGAUAAUAGCAUCAGACCGAGAUGAGGGCGCAAAUGCAGAUAUCAAGUACUUUUUAGAUGAGGGAACACCUUUUCAAAUCGACCCCAAAGCAGGGACCGUCAUUAUAAAAGAAAGUUUGGAUUAUGAGCGUAAGAAAGAAUACUCUUUGACUAUUCAUGCUAUGGACAACGGGGUACCUUCUCUGUCAGGUAGGUCAGAGGCCACUAUCAAACUACUGGAUGUCAAUGAUAAUGACCCAGUUGUGAAGUUUAGAUAUUUUCCCACCACAUCUAAGUUUGCCUCUGUUGACGAAAAUGCUCAGAUUGGUACAGUAGUAGCUUUAUUGACAGUCUCCGAUUCCGACUCGCCCACAGCUAAUGGUAAUAUAUCUGUCUCAAUAUUGGGGGGUAAUGAGCAGAGACACUUUGAAGUGCACACUUCCCCAGUUCCCAACCUAAGCUUAAUCAAAGUGGCUAGUGUUCUAGACAGGGAGCGCAUUUCCUCCUACAACCUGACUGUGUCGGUAUCAGACAAUGGCAAACCCAUGGCCAGGUCCUCUUUUGCCAGCCUGGUUAUUUUUGUGAAUGAUAUCAAUGACCACCCGCCCAUAUUCCAGGAAGCCCUGUACAGAGUAGAUAUCAGUGAAGACAUUCCAAAAGGCAGCUACAUUAAAGGGGUCUCUGCAACAGAUGGCGACUCCGGGCAGAAUGCCAACCUUCGCUACUCCCUGGUGUCUGGAAACGGUUUGGGCUGGUUUGCCAUCAGUGAAAACAGUGGUCUGGUUACCAGCGCCGCUUUGUUGGAUCGGGAAGUAGCAUCUGAAAUAGUGCUCAACAUCAGUGCAAAAGACCAGGGGCUGCAACCCAAAAUAUCCUACACUAAAUUGAUAGUCAACAUAACUGACGUGAAUGACCAAGUGCCCACAUUUACACAGAGCACAUAUCAUGUGUCCCUGGUGGAGCACUCUCCAGCCGGUGCUGAGCUCCUAUUGUUGUCAGCGUCAGAUGAUGACCUUGGAGCCAAUGGAACUAUCCGGUUCUCUUUUGACCCGGAGACCCCAUCGAAUGUACAAGAGUUGUUCCGCCUGGAUGUUGUAUCAGGCAGGUUAAGCACAGCCACAGAACUGGACAGGGAGGACCAGGGGAGUUAUUUACUUUACAUCCAGGCUACAGACUCCGGUUGUCCCCCUCUCCACUCCAUUGGUAAAGUAAACGUCUCCCUGAGCGAUAUCAAUGACAAUAGGCCAGUCUUCUACCCAGUCCAGUACUUUGCCAAUGUGAAAGAGAACGAGCCCUCUGGCUCAUUCGUAACCACUGUAUUAGCCACAGACCCUGACCUGGGGAGAAAUGGCACUGUAAAGUAUAUCAUAACUGCUGGAGACACAUCUAAAUUCCACAUUAAUAGCAACUCGGGUCAAAUCACCACCCAGGUGCCGCUGGAUAGAGAGGAGAAGACCGCCUACCAGCUACAGGUGACAGCAGCAGAUGGCGGUGGACUCCGUUCACACACCCAGGCCAUCGUCACCAUUAAUGUCAUAGACACACAGGACAACCCCCCUACCUUUAGUCAGAACGCCUACAGUUUUGUCAUGUUUGAAAAUGUGGGCAUUGGCACAGUUAUUGGCACUGUAUCUGCCACCACUGUCGAUCUGAAUUCAAACAUCACAUAUUUAAUCACCUCAGGGGACCAGAGGGGGCUGUUUACUGUCAGUAGUGCAACAGGUCAAAUCAAAGCAUCCAGUCCGAUAGACCGAGAGGAGCAGUCUUUUUAUCAACUCAAAGUCAUUGCCAGAGGUGGGGAGGUAACAGGCGAGGCCCUCGUCAAUGUCACAGUGAAGGAUUUAAACGAUAACGCGCCCCAUUUUAUCCACGCCGCCGAGCAUGUCAGUGCCGUGGAGAACUGGAGCACAGGGCACCUGAUAUUCCAGGCCAAAGCCUCAGACCCUGACGAGGGCACCAAUGGCAUGGUGCUCUAUAGCCUCACGCAGAACCCCAAAGGCCUGUUCCACAUCCAUGAGAAACAUGGGCUUAUCACACUGACCGGGCCACUGGAGCUCACCACCAGCUCCUACCAGGUGGAGGUUCUGGCCUCUGAUCUGGGGGUCCCCCUGCUCACAUCCCGUCUACUGCUAACAGUCAGCGUGUACGAUGUCAACGACAACGCUCCCGUGUUUGAUCAGCUCUCGUACGAGGUCAUUAUUUUAGAGUCUGAACCUGUCAACAGUCGCUUUUUCAAGGUGGAGGCCACUGACAAAGACUCCGGCCUGAAUGGGGAAGUGAUGUAUGACAUAGUUGGCGGGAACACAGGCGAUGUAUUUGGGAUCUUUCCGGAUGGGCAGUUGUAUAUUAAAGCUGAGCUAGACAGAGAGGUCCAGGACAGAUAUGACUUAGUGCUGGUGGCCACAGACAGGGCAGUGGAGCCACUAAGUGCCAGUGUCAAUGUCAGUGUAAUUCUAGACGACGUGAAUGACAAUCGCCCCCUCUUUAACAGCACUAAUUAUCUGUUCCACUUUGAGGAAGAGCAGAAGAGAGGGUCACUGGUAGGGCGAGUGUUUGCAGUGGAUAAGGACUUUGGCCCCAAUAGUGAGGUCAGGUACACAUUUGAGACUCCACAGCCCAACUUUGAGCUGAACGCCAUCACGGGGGAGUUGACCAGUACUCUGCAGUUGGACCGCGAGUCUCUCAUGAGACAGAGAGGCGCCACAGUGUUCAGCUUCACAGUCAUCUCCUCAGACCAGGGGCUCCCCAAGCCCCUGAGAGACCAGGCCAAAGUGCAGGUUUACAUCCAAGACAUCAAUGACAACCCGCCCAAGUUUACCAAAGACAUUUACCAGGCCUCCAUCUCCGAGUCGGCCCAGAACCUGACGCAGCUACUGAGGGUGUCUGCCGUCGAUGUGGAUGAGAGCAACAACGGACGGGUCCUCUACCACAUAAAGGAGGGCAACGAGGAGAGCCAGUUCACCAUCGACCGCAGCUCUGGACAGGUCACACUAGUGGGAAAGCUGGACUAUGAGGCGACGUCCUCCUACUCAUUAAAAAUGAUUGCUGUGGACUCUGGAACCGUGCCCCUCUCCUCCUCCUGUAUGCUCAGCAUUAGCAUUCAGGAUGAGAAUGAUAACUUUCCCUCUUUCCCCAAAUCUGCCAUAGCCGUGGAUGUUCUGGAGAAUAUGAGGAUUGGAGAGCUGGUGGCCUCUGUGACAGCCACGGACUCUGACUCGGGUCAUAACGCUGACAUAACAUACAGCAUCACAGCCACAAACAACCACGGGACAUUUAGCAUUAGCCCCAACACAGGGAGCAUCUUCCUUGUGAAAAAGCUGGAUUUUGAAACUCAGGCUUUUUACAAACUGAAUAUCACUGCAAGAGACAAUGGGAGACCACCAAGGUCCUCAACAAUUCCUGUGGUCAUCCAUGUCAGAGAUUUCAAUGACAAUCCUCCUAUAUUUACCCCCGGUGACAUUUUUAAAUCCAUUCCUGAAAAUAUGCCCCUCUCUGCAUCAGUAAUGACAAUCACUGCUCAUGACACAGAUGCAGACAUCAACGGACAGCUGGAAUACUCCAUAGUUCAACAGACACCCAGGGGAGGUCACUUUAGCAUUGACCCCAACAGUGGGCUCAUAUGCACAAAUAAGGAGAUUGACAGAGAGUUCUCAAAUCUCUUUGAGUUGACAGUUAAAGCCACCGACCAGGCAGUUCCUGUGGAAUUCCGGCGCUUUGCCUUGAAGAAUGUCACAAUAUGGGUGACAGAUCUGAACGACAAUGUCCCCACUUUCGUUUCCCAGAAUGCUCUGGUCGCAGAGUCCACCAUCGUCAUCGGCUCCAUUCUCACAACGGUGGUGGCGUUCGAUCCUGACGAGGGCUCUAAUGGCGAGGUGGAGUAUGAGCUGGUGAAGGGAGACUCAGACACGUUCAUCAUGGACCGCUAUAGCGGGGAUAUCCGGUUGGCUUCCCAGCUGGUGCCGUCUUGCCUUAUCUACAGCCUGACCGUGUCGGCCACCGACCACGGCUCGGACAGGAAGACCUCCAGGACCGAGCUUACCAUAAUCCUCCAGGGUGCCGAUGGGCCCGUCUUCUCCCAACCCAAGUACAUCACCAUCCUGAAGGAGGGCCAGCCUCCGGGUACCAACGUCAUCUCCCUGGACGCCUCCAGCCCCAGAGGCUCAGCUACCAAGGUGGAGUUUUUCAUAGUGUCGGUCCGCGGCGGCGGCAAGGCCGUGGGACGCCUGUUCACCAUAGGCCGUCAUACUGGAGUGAUCCAGACCGCAGCCGAGCUGGACCGGGAACAGGGCUCUGACCUCUACCUGGUGGAUGUGUACGCCAUCGAGACAGACGCCAGUCAGCCCAGGACACAGAGAGCUGAGGUGGAAAUUACGCUCCAGGACGUCAAUGACAACCCACCUGUUUUCCCAAACGAUCUUCUUGACGUGACCGUCGAAGAGAAUGUCAGCGACGGCUUCAAGAUAAUGCAGCUAACAGCCACAGACGCAGAUGAGGGUCCAAAUGCACUGGUGACCUACACCAUCAUCAGCGGUGCUGAUGACAGUUUCCGGAUCGACCCGGAAUCGGGGGACCUGAUUGCCACCAAGAGGCUGGACCGGGAACGUCGCUCCAAGUAUUCCCUGCUGGUUCGAGCUGACGACGGGAAGCAAUCCUCGGAUAUGAAGCUGAACAUCACCGUCAGUGACGUCAAUGAUCACACGCCGAAAUUCUCCCGUGGAACUUACUCUUUCGACAUUCCCGAGGAUAUGGCGCCAGGCUCCAUCGUGGCGGCGAUCCUGGCCAGUGACUCGGACUCGGGGGUGAACGGUGAGAUCACGUACUCCCUGGAGGACGACGACGAGUACAAGACCUUCCUGCUCAACCCCGUCACGGGGGUCUUCAACGUCACGCGGCCCCUGGACUACGAAUCCCAACAGUACUACAUCCUGACCGUGAGGGCUCAGGAUGGAGGUGGUCAGGCCAGCACAGUCAGGGUCUACUUCAACGUCCUGGACGUCAAUGACAACCCGCCCGUCUUCAACACCACCGCCUACAGCACCUCGGUCACCGAGAGCCUCCCCCCUGGCUCCAGUAUCAUCACUGUAGGGGCCAGUGAUGAAGAUGAUGGUCCGAAUGCCCAGCUACUCUACACCAUUGCAUCAGGAGAUCCUCAGGGCCAGUUUGACGUCACCAAGGCGGGGGUACUCCAGACCAGAAAGGCCUUGGACCGGGAGGCCCAGUCCUUCUACAACCUGGUGGUUACUGUCCAUGAUCUGGCCCUCGCCCCCAUGACCCGCUUCACCAGCACAGCCCAGGUGUCCAUCAUCCUGCUUGACGUCAACGACUGCCCGCCAACCUUCACCUCACAGAAGAGGACCUAUAUCCAGGAGAAUACUCCAGUCGACACGGUGGUCUUCACAGCCCAUGCCAUCGAUGCAGACAGCGGGCCCAACAGCUACGUGGAGUACUCCCUGAAAAGCCCCUUUGGGAAUACGUUCAGCAUAGGAACUAUCGAUGGAGACGUGAGGCUGGUGGGCGAACUGGACCGGGAGGAGAUGUCCAAUUAUACGCUGACGGUGGUAGCCACGGAUAAGGGCGAGCCGCCGAUGUCUUCAGCCAUGGAUGUGACAAUGCUGGUGCUGGACGUUAACGAUAAUACGCCCAGUUUCUCCCAGAACAUCUACGACAUCGAGAUCGAGGAGAACAUGCUGACGGGCACCGACGUCAUCCAGGUGUUUGCCAGCGACGCUGAUGAUGGAACCAACGGGCAGAUCCGCUUUUCCAUUGCUGGUGGAAACACCAACUCAAAUUUCCGUAUUGAUUCUGUCACCGGGGUGAUCUCGGUGGCCAAGCAGCUGGACCGCGAGGUGCAGUCAUCUUAUUCAUUGGUGGUCCAGGCGGCCGACCGCGGAAGCAGCCCAAGGGUGGACCGCUCCACGGUCAACAUCGUGCUGUUGGAUAUGAACGACUGCCCGCCGGUGUUCGAGCUCUCUCCUUACUCUGUGAGCGUUCAGGAGAAUGUGGGGACUCUCCCCAGGAACAUACUACAGGUUAUGGCGAGGGAUGAUGACCUGGGUUCCAAUGGCCAGCUGAAUUACAUGCUGAGCGGUGGGAACGAGGAAGGAGCCUUUAGUCUGUCGUCCAAUGGUCAGCUGAUCCUCACCCAGACCCUGGACCGCGAGGCGCAGGGAAAAUACACCCUCGUCAUCACGGCAACCGACUCGGGCUCUCCUCCCCUGAGUGGAACGGGUACGGUCACUGUCCUGGUAGAUGACGUCAACGACAACGUCCCCGUGUUCACCUCGGCCACCUUCCACACCACCAUCCCCGAGGACGCACCCACCGGCACCGACGUGCUCCUGGUCAACAGCUCCGACGCAGACGUGGGCCUCAACGGUGUUGUAAGUUACAGUUUGACUGGAGGCAAUGGUCAGUUCUCCAUCAACCCAGCCACAGGCCAGAUCAUCACCAGCUCCCUACUGGACCGGGAGGCUAGAGCCAAGUAUCAGCUCCUAGUUGUGGCCACAGAUGGAGGGCCGCUCCUGGGCACGUCCAGCUCUGCCACUGUGUCGGUGGUGGUGGCAGACAUCAACGACAACCCUCCCCAUUUCCACCACCACCCCUACGUCACACACAUCCCCGCCUUCAUCUCAGCAGGCAACUUGGUAUUCGCUGUGACAGUGACAGAUGAGGACGCGGGACCCAAUGCUCAGCUCCACUACUCUCUAACUGGCCGCAACUCAGACAAGUUCAAGAUUGACCCCUUAAGAGGAGCCAUCACAGCCAAUGAGAGGUUGACAGGCAGCUCGGAGGUUACCCUCACUGUCCGAGUGAAAGACGGAGGAACCAAUCCCAAAACAGACUUGACCACCGUGACCGUCCGGUUUGUGACUGGGGGAGACUUCCCUGUCAUCAAGCUGAAGGAUACUACUUUCACAUUUCCAGAGAGCCAACCCACAAACACGAUCAUUACCACAGUGACCGGGUCCUCGACACGUGGCGGGGCCCUGUCAUACUACAUCGCCAGUGGAAACCUGGAUAAUGCCUUUCACAUCGACCAGUUGACUGGAGAGCUGUCAAUCAAACAUUCACUGGACUUUGAACACAUUCAGAAAUAUGUGCUCUGGAUUGAGGCCAGGGACCAAGGAUUCCCCCCCUAUUCCUCAUAUGAGAAAGUGGAGAUCACAGUGCUGGAUGUAAACGACAACCACCCCGUAUUUGACAGGGAACCAUUACAUGCAGAGAUACUUGAGAACCUGUCCCCUCAGCGGGUGCUCAUUGUCUCUGCUGUGGAUCAGGACAGUGGCCUCAACGGCCAGCUGGAAUACGCCAUAAUCGACGGCAACAAGGAGAACAGCUUCAGCGUCAACCGGGCCACUGGUGAAAUCCGAACGACCAGGCCUCUUGACAGGGAAAAAGUAGCUCAAUAUGCCCUUAAAGUGAAGGCCACCGACCGUGGCAACCCUCCCAAAAGCACGGCUGUUAAAGUCCUGAUAAAUGUGCUAGAUGUGAAUGAUAACGCUCCCAGGUUCUCUAAGAUCUUUAGCGCCACAGUGCCCGAAAACGCCCCAGUGGGGUACACUGUCACCAGGGUUACAACCACAGACGAGGACGCAGGUGCUAAUGCCAUAAGCAAGUAUUCAAUCACAGACACAAGUCUACCGUUCACUAUCAAUCCAAGUACAGGAGACAUAACAAUCAGUAGACCACUCAAUAGAGAAGACACUGACCAUUACAUUGCCAAAGUCUCUGCCCAUGAUUCUGGCUGGACAGUUAGCACGGAUGUCACAAUAUUUGUAACAGAUGUCAAUGAUAAUGCCCCCCGAUUCAGUCGGCCAUCUUACUAUCUGGACUACCCUGAACUUACAGAUGUGGGGUCACUUGUUACUCAGGUGUCUGCGACAGACCCUGACGAGGGCUUCAAUGGCAAAAUAUUCUAUUUCAUCAGGUCCCAGUCAGAAUACUUCAGAAUCAAUUCAAGCUCUGGAGAAAUCUUUAUCAAACAGCAUUUAAAGUAUAAAAACUCAACUGGCAGCAACAUAAACAUAAAUCGCCAUAGUUUCAUCGUUACUGCUUCAGACCGUGCUCCAAAGCCAUUGAUGAGUGAAACUACAGUCAUUGUAAACAUAGUAGAUAGUAAUGACAAUCCACCCAAGUUUGAAUCGUCUAGCUACUUUACACCUGUCACUAAAAGCGUCAAAGUUGGCACCAAACUUAUCAUGGUCAUAGCUCUAGACAAGAAAGAUUUUGGCCUCAACUCUGAGGUGGAGUACAUAAUAUCAGGAGGGAACAGCUCUAGCAAGUUCAAACUUGAUAAGCAGAGUGGAUGGGUCACUGUCGCCGCCUCACUCACCUCAGACAUGAACAAGGUGUUCCUCAUGGAUGUUACAGCCAGAGACAAAGGCAACCCCCCUCUGACUGCUAGAACCACAGUGAAAGUGGCAGUCACUGAGGAGAACCACCACACACCAGAGUUCUCCCAAAGCCAAGUCACAGCUACCAUACCGGAGAGUCUUGCUGUGGGGACAGCCAUCAGGACUCUCUCUGCCAGGGACAAGGACAAAGAGAUGAAUGGGCUCAUCGCAUACAACAUCACUUCAGGCAAUGACAAGGGCCUAUUUGCCGUGAACAGUAAAACAGGAAUCCUGUCUCUGGCCAAUCAUCUGGACUUUGAGGAAAAGCAAAGAUAUGAGCUCAGAGUGACAGCCACUGACGGGGGAUGGAUCGCAAAGACUAGCUACGUCAUGGUUACAAUCCAUGUGACCGACGUGAACGAUAACCCACCUAUAUUUGAUCCUGAUGAGUAUUUCCCUGUGGUACAGGAGAACGUUCCCAGUGGCACCACAGUGGUGAAAAUGAAUGCCACAGACAGAGAUUCUGGGCCCAAUGCUGUCAUGGCUUACGUGAUCCAGUCUUCAGACAGUGACCUCUUUGUAAUUGAUCCAAACACAGGUGUAAUCACCACCCAGGGUUUCCUGGAUUAUGAGUCCAAGCAGGUCUACCACUUAACAGUGAAGGCCUUCAAUGUCCCAGACGAGGAGCGCUGCAGCUUCGCCAACGUCAACAUUCAGCUCAAGGGGGCCAAUGAAUACGUUCCCCGCUUUGUCUCCAAGCAGUACUACUUUGAAGUCUCUGAAGCAGCUCCAAGAGGCACAGUGGUGGGAGAGGUGUUCGCCAGUGACCGCGACCAAGGACAUGACGGAGUGGUUUACUACCUAAUUUUUGGGAAGAGCAGAAGAAAGGGCUUCAGCAUCAACAGGAAAACAGGACAGAUCUACGUCACAGGUCCGCUUGAUCGUGAGAAAGAGGAGAAGAUCUCCCUCAAAGUCCUGGCGAAGAACGCAGGAAGCAUCCAUGGGGCGGAUAUCGACGAGGUCUUUGUGAACAUCACCAUCCUGGAUGCUAAUGAUCCUCCUGUUUUCAGUCAGGAACUGUAUGAUGUUCAGAUCAGUGAGGGUCUCUCCCCUGGCGGCUUGGUCACCUUCGUUAGUGCCCAGGACUCUGACUCUGUCCCAAGCUGGAGCAGAUUCUCUUACUCCAUAGUCUCAGAUUUCAAGAAAAAUGUCUUCAACAUCAACCCUCAGACUGGCCAAGUGUCUGUUGCAGCUGAGCUGGACAGAGAAACCACUCCUCUGUUCAGCCUGACUCUGCUAGCUGUGGACUCUGGCUCACCCUCGGCAACUGGAAGUGCAACCCUGAUCGUGAAUCUGGAGGACAUUAAUGAUAACGGUCCAACACUGAUGACCGUGAAUGCAGAGGUCAUGGAGAACCAGCGAGCCGGGACAGACGUUGCAACUCUUACCUCAAUCGACCCAGACCUUUCACCUAAUCAAGGUCCGUUCUCAUACAGUCUGCUCAGCGCCGGCUCAGCCAACAACUACUUCAGCCUCAGCCCCGCUGGAGUGCUGACCACCAGUCGAGAGAUCGACAGGGAGCAGAUCAGUGACUUUUACCUCUUGGUGGUGAUCAAGGACUCCGGCGUCCCUCAGAUGUCCUCCACUGGAACGGUCCACAUAAAAGUCAGUGAUCAGAAUGAUAACCCAUCAGAGCCGCGCUCAGUGGAGAUCUAUGUCCACUAUUUCGGAAACAUGUUCCCCGGAGGGUCCCUCGGGGUUGUGAAGCCCCAAGACCCAGACAUCCAGGACAGCUUCCAUUGCUCCUUGACCCCUCCUUCAUCCAGUCUGUUCACCAUCCCAACGGGCACCUGUGAUCUCAACUCCAAGGCCCGCUCAACAGACGGAACAUUCGAAUUAGCUGUCCGGAGUAGUGAUGGUGUCCAUGGGUCUGUCAGCAGUAACGUCCGCGUCUUCUUCAUGGGGUUCACCAACGCCACUGUGGACAACAGUAUCCUGAUUCGCCUCCGCACCCAGGGGGUCACCACCUUCCUCACCAAUCACUACCUCAGCUUUGUUCGCAUUGCAAACUCACAGCUGGCAGGGCUAGGCACUGGAGUACAGCUGUAUGGUGCAUUUGAACUCAACAACCAGACUUUCCUAAUGGCCGCCAUAAAGCGCAGCCAUGGACAGUAUGUCAACCCCAGUGGAGUUGCCACCUUCUUUCAGAGCAUCAAAGAAGUACUGCACAGGCAGUGCGGGGUGCAGGUAGACUCAGUGGAUCAUGACCCCUGCACACGUAACCCAUGUCAGAACGGGGGCAGCUGCAAGAAGCGCCUUAGUGUGGGGCCAGAUAUGAAGACAGAGGAGAGUGUCCCGGUGAUCCUUGUCACAAACCACCCUCUCCAGCCAUACGCUUGCAGUUGCAGACCAGGGUACGCGGGGGCACUGUGCGAGACGGAUAUAAACGAGUGCCUGCCGUCCCCAUGCCACAACAGUGGGACCUGCCACAACCUGGUGGGGGGAUUCUCCUGCACCUGCCCCGAGGGAUUCACGGGCAUGGCCUGCGAGAGGGACGUAAACGAAUGCCUCUCCAACCCCUGCAAGAACGGGGCUCUCUGCCAGAACUAUCCCGGUGGCUUCAACUGCCUCUGCAAAUCCGGCUUUGCAGGCAAAACGUGUGAUUCCAUCAUCAAUCACUGUGAGUGUAACCCAUGUUUUAAUGGCGGCUCCUGCCAGAACAGAGUGGAUGGAUAUUACUGUCAUUGUCCAUUUGGGGUCUUUGGAAAACACUGUGAACUCAACAGCUACGGCUUUGAGGAGCUGUCCUACAUGGAGUUUCCUAGCCUGGAUCCCAACAAUAACUACAUCUACAUCAAGUUUGCCACACUGAAGAGCAACGCUCUCCUCAUGUACAACCAUGACAACCAGACCGGAGACAAGGCGGAAUUCUUGGCUCUGGAGAUCUUUGAGGGACAGAUGCGCUUCUCGUUUAACUUGGGUAGCGGGACCUAUAAACUAAUGACCAUGAUAAAGGUUGCAGAUGGACAGUUCCACACGGUUAUUGCAAGGAGAGCUGGAAUGGCUGCGUCCCUGACAGUCGACCUGUGUGGAGAUGAUCAGGAGCCAGGCUACUGUGCUGUGAGCAACGUUGCUGUGCAUACUGACUGGAUCCUGGACGUUGGGCCCAACAGGCUCUCGGUGGGAGGCGUCAGGUCAAUAGAGCCCGUCCUUCACCGCCGCGGCCAGGUUGCCACCCACGACUUUGUAGGCUGCAUCAUGGAGUUUGCUGUCAACGGCCGCCCGCUGGAGCCCAGUCAGGCCCUGGUAUCUCAUGACAUCCUUGACAGAUGUCCCAGACUGGAGGGAGCCUGCACAGCCAACCUCUGCAGACACGGGGGCACCUGCAUUGACUACUGGUCCUGGCAGCAGUGCAAAUGCAUGGAGGGCUUCACCGGAAAAUACUGCGAGAAAUACAUCACGGCCGACACGGCUCUCUCACUGGAUGGGACUGGACGCCUUGACUACGCCAUGCGCCAGAGCCCCAAACGGGACAUCCUGCUGCGCCAGAGCCUCAUGGGCUUGACCUCUGACCUCUCUGUGCCCAGCAGCCUCAAGGUUAAGUUCCGCACCCGCAGCAAGAGUGGCACCCUGCUCCACAUCCAGGAGAGCAGCAACUACACCACCAUCAAGCUGAAGAACGGCAAUGUCCACUACAUAUCUGAUGCUGGUUUGGGGGGUAAGGUGGAGAGGACCCUGGGAGAGAUGGUCCUAUCAGAUGGCCAGUGGCACGUCCUGCAGGUCUUCAAGAACGGCUCUUCAACCUCCCUCCACGUGGACGGGGCACUCCUCAAGCUCAUCCAGCACCCCACGCAGGACUUCGGGGGUCUCAACGUCCUGACCAUGUCCCUCGGUGGAGUCCCCUCUGGGCCCACCCAGCAGAAAAUUGCAUCAGGCUUCGACGGCUGCCUGGCCUAUGUGAAGUACAAUGGGGAAAAUCUUCCCUUCAGCGGAGAUCACAGCACUGUCACCAUCUCCAAGACCAGCCCAGCCGUCAAGAUCGGCUGCAGAGGGCCCAACCUGUGUGAGAGCAGCCCAUGCUGGGACGGCCUAAUGUGUGUCAACCAGUGGUACACCUACCAGUGCCUCCCGCCCGGCGAAUGUGCCUCGAACCCCUGCCAGAACCGAGGGAGCUGCGUUCCUGGCCCCCACUCUAGUUACACCUGCGUCUGCUCUGAAUUCUACACUGGCAAGACCUGCGAGACCCUGGUGGCGUGCCUGGGGGUUCAGUGCCCUCAGGGCACACUCUGCAAGACAGCCAACAACGGCGGCUUCAUCUGCAGCCCGAGCCCCACGGCCACGGAGCUGACCUUGCCCAUCUGGGCGGUACCGGCCAUUGUGGGCAGCUGUGCCACAGCCCUGGCCCUGGUGGUGCUCAGUCUGAUCCUCUGCAACCACUGCAAGGGCCGCAACAAGACCAACGUGCCAAAGGAGGAGAAGCAGCCCAAGGAGAAGAAGAAGAAGAAGAAGAAAGGGAGUGAGAACGUGGCGUUUGACGACCCAGAUAACAUCCCGCCGUACGGCGACGACAUGACGGUGAGGAAGCAGCCUGAGGGCAACCCCAAGCCAGACAUCAUCGAGAGGGAGAACCCCUACCUGAUCUAUGACGAGACAGACAUCCCCCACAACAACGAGACCAUCCCCAGCGCCCCGUGUGCCCCCUGCCAGAUGCCUGAGGCAGAUAUCGAACACUAUGACAUAGACAACGCCAGCAGCAUUGCCCCGUCCGACGCCGACAUCAUUCAGCAUUACAAGCAGUUCCGCAGCCACACGCCCAAGUUCUCCAUCCAGAGACACAGCCCUCUGGGCUUCGCCAGACAGUCUCCCCUGCCCUUGGGGGCCACUAGCUACAACUACCAGCCCCAGUACAGCCAGGCCCUGAGGUCCACCCCUCUCAGCCACUCAGCCUGCCCCACACCCAACCCCCUCUCCAGGCACAGCCCGGCUCCCUUCACCAAGCCCUCGUCCUUCUACCGCAACACCCCCACUAGGGAGCUGAACCUGGCCCGCCGGGAUGGAAGCCCCCUGGACCUGCACCACAACGAGAUAGGCCAGCCAGGCGCCAUGUUCAACUACGCCACCCGGCUGGGCCGCCGCAGCAAGAGCCCCCAGACCAUGGCAGGCCACGGCUCCCGGCCGAGCAGCCGGCUCAAGCAGCCCAUUGAGCAGAUCCCUCUGGAGACGGGACCCCCUGUGGGACUGUCCAUCGAGGAAGUGGAGCGGCUCAACACGCCGCGGCCCCGCAACCCCAGCAUCUGCAGCGCCGACCACGGCCGCUCCUCAUCCGAAGAGGACUGCCGGAGGCCCAUGUCGCGGGUCCGCAACCCGGCCGACGGCAUCCCCGCCCCCCCGGAGUCAUCAUCUGAGAGUGACUCGCACGACUCUUUCACCUGCUCCGAGAUGGAGUACGACCGGGAGAAGCCCGUGGCCUACAGCUCCAGGGUUCCCAAGCUGUCGCAGGUCAACGAGUCGGACGCCGACGAUGAGGACUACGGCGGGCGGCUCAAGCAAAGGCGUUACUCUAGCCGGUGGGCCGAGGGCGGGCCCGCUGCACAGGCGCCGAUGACGGACCAUUACACUUUGCCCCACAAACUGGGCCAGCAAGCCGGGGGCUUCAACUGGGACAACCUGUUGAACUGGGGCCCCGGCUUCGGCCAUUACGUGGAUGUGUUCAAGGACCUGGCCCUGUUGCCGGAGAACGCAGCUGCAAAAGAGAUGGACAUUGAGAUGAACAGUGGGGACGGGUCAGUGACCAUUCUGAAUGAAGGGGAGGCCGAGCAAUAUGUAUAAGACUAUUUAUUACAAUCCCGUACAAUAUGGUAUGUUCUCUGAAAGACAAACUAAGACGAUGUAUAUAAGAAGCAGAGAACAUUGGACUAGCAGUCUCCAUUAAUGUCUUUGUGCAGUAAGGCAGAAAGGGACACCUGUAAUAUUACUUUGAACGGAGUGUAAACCUCCUGGAAGAGUUUACCAGUCCUUUCCAGACCUCAUACUGUAACUGUACAAUCAUUCAUCUCUUUAAGGCGUCAUUAUGCGAAAUACAUUAACACCAAAUGGUUGGAACAAAGAGCCUGUGUCUGAAUUCAAUUUAGGUACUGCAAAGCUCCAUUUUAUCUUAAUCAAAAUGAUUCUGGUCUGUAUUACCAAUAAUGCCACUCCUUUGCAAGACUUCUGUUACAUUCACUUGUGAGAGAUAAGCGAUAACGUUGAAACACUUUGCAGGAGAAAUUCCAAAGGCCAUAGCAAUAGAAACCCAGCCGGGGUCUUUUUUUUGUCCCGAUUCUCAUUUUUAAAAGGAAGCAUGUGUGUUUUGAUCCCAUUGCACCUGUAAGCAUCAAGAUACAGCCCUCGGUGCGAAAAUGAGCGCACCACUUUGUUCGCACGGUAAUCGAGGCCUGCCAAUGUUAUGACACGAGCACGGUAACCACUUUCUCUGGCUGUAUGUGCUCACAGAUGACCGGUUAAGCACUCCAAGACCUAAGAUUAAUCAAGUCCCUGCCUUACCGACAUUUGAGGAUGGAGAAUGGGGAGGUUACUGUUGGUUCUGUUGGCUGGUGGUGGGAAGGUUCUGGGGUGAAUAGUCUGGGUCACAAUCCUCCGAGCUGGAGUGUUAUUAAACCAGCCAAAAGGUUUGGGCAAGGCUCGCUGAUCCAUCCCGUCUUGACGUGACCCCCCCCCCUACUAAGACUAUGAACUUGUGUACAUUUUUUUCAUUCAUGGGAAAUCAUGGAAGUUAUAGUUGUCAGUGUUUUUGUCCAUUAUUUUUAAAUGUAUUGUUUCUACUUUUUGUACUGUUUUAUUAACUUAAGUGACUUAAGCAGUGUUUUUAUGGAUAUGUUCACCUGCUCAAGUGUAUGAUCUUACUUUCAGGGAAAGUAAAGAUCGAAGACGUAUUUUUUACAUUUGUUACGUAUGUAACAUCAAUAUUUUCCACUUUUGAUAAAACUAUAACAUGCUUUGUAAAUGUAAAAAGCCAAUAACAGAAUAAAAAGUAUUUAUUUAAAGGGUCUCUUUCAAUACAAGGUGAGCACACCAUGCGGUAAGCAAUCUCACUGCAAUCCUAUGGGGUCUGUCUAAAAAUAACGCAAGCUUAAAAUAGGAACAUUUGAGCUUAUAUGGCAGCUCAAUAAAGUGGAUGGUAAGGUAUUUUAUACUCUAAGGACUCUAAGCCUGUUGUGGGCUGAAUUGAACAAAACAUUUCAAAAGGCCAUUGAGUACCUAAAUGAAACUGAGCCACGUUGUUGGCAGCCAAGCACAACAUCCAGCGGACUUUGCGACGCAGGGCCCUGUAUUGCUUUCAACAAUUAUUUACAUCUGGCUUAUUCAGCAGAACAAUUUUUUCGUAGCCUGGUGAUCCGGUAUGCAACAUGCUUAUCUUCUCUGUCAUCGAGAAAGAGAGAGAGGCCAUGAACCAAGCGAGGAGUGACAACCCAAAUCUGGUGGAUUACUGUGGGCUCCUGGAGAGGUUCUGUCCUCCCGAGGCCAAUGUUGACGAAGCCUGCUUGGGAAUGCUGUACCAUGCUGAUGCUGAAACAAUAAUGACACUCAUAAUGAUAAUGACAGCAAGUGAAAAAGAACCUUGAGUAAAUACAAGAGAAGAUGAAUUCAAAUGAACCUCACAGCAUCUCUCUCUCUCUUUACUGUUUGUGAGAUUGGCAUGGCAGGGUAUCAAAUUGAAUAGAGGAGUCAAAGAUUGCGUAGCAAUGCACUCCAACUAUAUGUGAAUUAGAAUGGGAGACAAACCCCUAUAGUUGAGAGGGAAACAGGGCUGCAUUAAGGAGUAUUGUCCUACUAAAUAAAACUAGAGAAAUGGGUAGACACUGUAUACUUGUCGUAGAAGGAUUUGUUGUAGUUGAAAAGUUGCCAAAAUUGUGUUGUUGAAUUAUCUUAUCGUAAUAAUUGCCACUAGCUGGUUAUGAAAUGGAAUUGCUUCAGUGUAUACCGUAUAUUUCUGAGGAACAUAAUAUAGAACACUGGAUAAACACAGUUAAUGUUAUUUCAAUGGAGUCAAAUGGACAAACACUCGUAGGGCUUUAUUCAAUCCGUUACGCAGAAGUUCAGCGUUACAGCGCGAUUGAAAAUUAGGGGGUCUCUCCAACCCUUAACACUGACGCGUUACAGAUUUCGUGACAGAAAUGUGAAAGAUAAUUUCCGAUUGAGGUGACGAAUGCAGCGUUUGAAUGCCGGCUCCGCGGGAACAUUGGCUUUAAAUUUUAAUUGGGCUUUACGGCUGAAUUUCCGUGAUAAAGAUUGAACAGGCAAUGUUUCCGCGUUAGCCGAGGCUGCGUUCACAGUAAGCAAUAUAUAUAUAUGUCGGCUCAAUCUGAAAUGACCUUUACAUUUCUAACGCGCAAUCCGUAACGCUUCAGAGAUACAGAUUUAGUAGAGGCCCCUAGUCAAGCACAACUUCACAUGAUUACAUUUGUUAGUUUAGCAGUGCAGGGUGACUUAAGUUAUCAACGUUCGCCACAUGAAGUUAUCAACGUGUCAAGUUAAAAUUGGAACAAAUUGUUUUCCAAGCGAGCGAUAAUGACGGAGAUGCCAACAAGGCGUUCCUGAUGUUCUGUGUCUCCCCGUGCCAAAACCUUUUUUGUCUUGACUGAAGGCGCGAAAGGAGCUAGAGGCAAUUUCCCAUGCAGCUUAGUGGUGAACGAAACCAUUUUAAAGUCAACAAGUGUCAUCGAAAUAAAACUGCCAUUAAAAUGCUUCACUAUUUUAAAAUCCACAAGUGUCAUCGAAUGAAAUUGCCAUUAAAAUGGUUUUGAUCUA